AUGGAGAAAGCUGUAAUCCUAACCAUAUCAUUCUUCCUUUUGACAUUCUAUUGUUUCGUGUCCCUUGUUUCAUCUGUUGAUACCCUUGUACAUGGGGAUAGUCUAAAUUCAUCUGCUUCCUUAGUUUCUGCAAACAAAGUUUUCACUUUAGGAUUCUAUAAGCCCAAAGAUACCAAUAAUACUUAUUUAGGAAUAUGGUACACAGAUUCGGUCUAUCCAAAUUAUCCAGUAUGGCUUGGUAACAGAGAAAAACCUAUUAUGGAUAAUUCUGGCAUUCUCACAAUAAGUAGUGCUGGAGAACUAAUUAUUAUAACGAGCAACAGAUCAGAUCCUAUUGAGCUGUAUGCAGGCGGAAAUGGCACAAAUAUAACAGCCACGCUGUUGAAUACGGGGAAUUUUGUAGUGAGAGAGAUGAAUAUAAAUGGGUCUGAGGGCAGGAUUCUGUGGGAAAGCUUUGAUUAUCCCACUGAUACUCUUAUUGCGGGGAUGAAACUAGGUGUUAAUCAUAGGACUGGGAGAAAUUGGUCUCUUACAUCAUGGUUUAACGAAACCAAUCCCGCUUCAGGAGCUUUUACGCUACAAUGGGAUCCUGGCACACGUAGACUGAUUGUACUACGACGAGGUUUGGCUUAUUGGACCAGUGGCGACUUGAAAAAUUAUACGGAUGAGAACUCGAGAUUGAAUGUCAAGGAAUUUGAGAAUAUAGUCAUGAAACCCGAUGUUUUCAAUCUCAAUUACAAUUUCACCAAUGUUUCAAAUGGUGUGGAGGAUUACUUCAGCUACUCCCUUAUAAUAGACCCCGAGUUGACACCUGAACGUCGAAAAAUUAUUUCUGGAUGGCGGCUGGCAUAUAACGGGGAUAUAUCUGAUCAUGAGAGGCCAAUGAUUAUAGCACUAGUUAGUCACUGUUAUGGUGAUAACAUACAAGGCUGUGAAUUAAGGGAGCAGCCAAGUUGCAGGAAUCAUGAUGAGAUAUUUGUUUCGAAAUCAGGGUAUUUCGCUGAUGGACAUGGAGUGAGAGUGAAUGCAGAGAGUAAUGAGAAUGCAAGUCUUACUGAGAGUGACUGCAGAGAGAACUGCUGGAAGGACUGUGAAUGUGCAGGCUUUAGAUAUGACUAUAGAUGUUCAUACUGGAAAGGGAAAACGAAUUUUGUACAGAGUCUUGAUGGUUCUGAACAGACACAAUUCGUUCUUGUUCCACACUCAACCAAAAGAUGGAAGACAUGGAAAAUCAUUACUUUGGUUAUUGCAGCAGUAAUUGUGCUUUUGUUGGGCUGUGUAUGGUUCAUCAUCCGAAAAAUUGAACAAGGGAGAAGGAAGAAGGAAGAAUUACGUGAAUUGAUGACCCUAGAGGGAUAUACUGAAACACAUCCAGUUGAAAGUGAUGGGGGACAGGGUCAUCAUCUUAGAUUGUUUACAUAUUCGUCCAUCCUUAAAGCUACGGGCAGCUUUUUGUCAACAAACAAACUGGGAGAGGGUGGUUUUGGCCCUGUUUAUAAGGGAAAAACUGUUGAAGGGCAAGAAAUUGCGGUAAAGGUACUCUCCCGAAGUUUCAACUCAAAUCAAAAGUCCAUAUUUAUAUUAUUGGCUUUAACAAUUGCUCAUAACCAAAUGGAGAAAGAUGUAAUCCUAACCAUAUCAUUCUUCCUUUUGACAUUCUAUUGUUUCGUGUCCCUUGUUUCAUCUGUUGACACCCUUAUACAUGGGGAUUGUCUAAAUUCAUCUGCUUCCUUAGUUUCUGCAAACAAAGUUUUCACUUUAGGAUUCUAUAAGCCCAAAGAUACCAAUAAUAGUUAUUUAGGAAUAUGGUACACAGAUUCGGUCUAUCCAAAUUAUCCAGUAUGGCUUGGUAACAGAGAAAAACCUAUUAUGGAUAAUUCUGGCAUUCUCACAAUAUGUAGUGCCGGAAAACUUAUCAUAACGAGCAACAGAUCCGAUCCUAUUGAGCAGUAUGCAGGCAGAAAUGGCACAAAUAUAACAGCCAUGCUGUUGAAUUCGGGGAAUUUUGUAGUGAGAAAGAUGAAUAUAAAUGGUUCUGCAGGCAGGAUUUUGUGGGAAAGCUUUGAUUAUCCCAUUCAUACUCUUAUUCCGGGGAUGAAAUUAGAUGUUAAUCAUAGGACUGGGAGAAAUUGGUAUCUUACAUCAUCGUUUGGCGAAAACAAUCCGCUUCAGGAGCUUUUACGCUAG